AUGGCGGACAUGCAGGUUUUUAUCGAUUUUUCGAUAAAACAGGUAAAAAUAUCAGCUUUCGUUAAUUUUUCGAUGUCUAUAGCUAGUAUUAUUAAUUUUGAUAUCUGAGAUAAAUAUCUGGUAUAUUUUAUUUUUCAAGAAAUUGCUUCAACGGACGAAGAAUCUUGAGGAAGGAAAAUACGAUAAUUUUCUUUGCUAUCUUUAUGGCGACGUUUUCCUAAAUAAAAUUCGCAUAAUAGGAUGUGUGGCUUGUACAGGAAGUCAUCCUCCAGCUAAGAAAGGGUAUCCAGGAAUUCCUAACUGGAAAAGUGAGAAAUCAGAAUUGUUUUCUCUCAUUCCAAACGGUUUGUAUUUUAAGUUGUAAUCUGCAUGUGAUAUUCUAAUACCUUAAUUAAUGCACACAGACAUGAACAUGACAGACUUAGUUUUUUUAAAAUGAAUAUCAUACAGAAUUAAUUUUUCUUUUAUUUCAGGGGUCUUAUGUAUAGAUAAAUUACAAAUUAUUUUGAUAGUCUUAUCAAAGUAUUCAUUUGUUCAUCAUUUUGGUCAUUUGUCUACAAGUCUGUCUGUCUGUAUGUCUGUUGGGGUAAUGAAGUAUUAUCAACUGAGUUGAUAAUGUAAAUUGGCUACCAUAAAGAGUUUAAAAGCUGAAGUUUCUAGCAUUAGCCCAUUGCAAUCGCUCUGAAACAUCACCUUUUAAACUCUUUAUGGUGGCCAAUUUACUUUGAUAAUACUAAAUUUAACCUGUUAUACCCUCCCACCGAUGCAGCACUACAGUUUUUUUAGAAACUUAACCCUUUUAUUUGUUUUUCUGUUGGUCUGUUACAAUAUGUUACGAUUGAUAGCUUGCUUUGUUUGGUCAUUGGCCCAAUUAAAUAUGCAGUGAUUUUACUGCUCAUAGAAUUGCCUCCAACAUGUAGUUUCUUGUAGCACAGAACAACACAAAACACAGUCUGUUGGUCUGUCUGCUUAAAUUUUUUUCUUAACCUAUCAUCAAUUCACAUCUUGCCUGUCUUAUUAACCCUUUUUAUCAUGUUUCCAACCAUUCAUUCAUAAUCCCUUCUAUUCAUCUAGUGAGACAACCAACAAUUCAUGAAGCCAUCUACUGUUUGACUGGCCUCUCUUUGUUCUUUAUUAAGCUUUUCAAUCCAUCAGUAAUAACAAAUUAUCAUAGUUGUAUAGUUAAUUUAAUUUAAAACCCUCAAACCUUGUAAUGUAAAAAUGCUUUCUCAAAAAUUGGUAUCCUCUUUUAGGGAAUUUCCAAAAGAAUCAUUCAAAUUUAAAAUAAAAAUUUUACAACUAGGUACAAUUCCUUUCAUAACGUACAUAAUAUCUUUCUUCAGUAAAUUCUCCUCAAAGUAAUUGUUAACACAUAUAAAAGUCCUUACCAUUCUACAUAAUUCAUCCACCAAGCUGUUCUCCCUCUUUCUUAUUUUAUUGUUUAUGAUAAUAGUUUUCUUUGUUAUUAUAUAAUUAUUAAUGUAAUGUAAUUUAGGAUUCUUUUAUAGUACCUUCAUUUAAAAUUAGAUUUGAAGACUGAGCCACCUAUAUAUAUUAGCAUUGACCAUAGCGGAAGGCAUGUAGCUUCUAUGUAAAGAAGGAAAAAUUGUAAUGGUUGUUAUUUUAUUAUUAAUUCUGCCUGAUUCUUUCCUCUUAUAGGAAUAAAUCUGGUAGGAAUUUACUAUUCAUGUGUCAAACCAACAAAUCUAGAACCUGAUGAGGUUAAAAGAAUAUUUGAUGGGAAAUGUUCAAAGGUGAGAUUAUGAAUCUCUAAUAUAUUUUCUAGAACUCAAUUUAGAAGUAUAGACAUACUUGUAAGAGUCAGUGACUGGUAUCUAAUUUCUCCUUACAAUACCACCCUUGAAUCAGACACUAAAUUAAUGAGAAUAAAGGAAAUGAUCACUAACUAAAGAAGCCCUCGAUUGCUAAACAAAUUCUCCUUGUCAGCACCUUAGGAAAUACUCAGAGAACAGUAUGGAGAAUAUGCAAUUUGAUGUUAGGGUGUAAAGGGCUAAAAUGAAACCUUUGUGUUCCAUUGUUUUUCAUCAUUGAUUUUGGAUUCAAUUCCAAAAACAUCAGUUACAGGGAUAAUCUCAAACUCUUUGAUCUUGUGCUCAGACAAUCAGAUGAACCACAAGAGAACAAUAAAUAAAUUUGUAAGGAGACUUUUCAUGUUGGUCACUCCCAAGAGUAAAAGGUUUAAUUAACCCUUUAGCUCCCAUGAGUGACCUAGACAGAAUUUCUCUUUACAAUAUCAUUACACUGUCAAGCAGACAAGUGACAAGAAAAAAAUAAAAAUAUUAAUUAGAGGGAAUUAUUAGUAGACAACUAAGAUACAUCCUUAAAUUUUAACUUUUCAUAUUUCACAGGAUGAUUCAGUAACCAACGGUCCAUUGGUACUGUUCCAGCACAUAAAUACCAGUGAUGGCGAAAAAGAAAAGUGUUUUAUUUACAACAAAGAUCUUGAAUCAGUGUCCGAGUGUGAAUGGCAAGAAACAUGUAUACAGGAAGAAUUUCAGAAAAGGAGGAUUUGCUUUCGAGUUCAAGCAAACAUACCUCUAACUGUCUCAAGAGAUCAAAAUGGUAUGUUCUUAAGAUGGCUGACUUAUCCCUUUUAUAGCAUGACGUAUCAGUAUUUUUUCAAAGUAUCAUGAUUAUUUUGUGAACUCAAUAGGGGACAGUAAAUGAUGAUCAUUCAAGGCUUGAAACAAUUUCCAGUUGGCACCAAACAAAACUGUUUUUUUGCCCAGACAAAUGUCCAUGAUGUCAUAUCUAAAUAAUUCCCUCCUCCCCUCCUCCCCCUCCUUAUCAAAAAAAAUGGUAUAUCUACCACUCUUGCAUCAUACAUGUAGUCUCAAACUCAAUGCAGGAAAAGUGAUACAGCCAUAUUUAAAACCUGAACUUAGCUUGGAAUUAAAUUCUUCAUUUGUAAACCAAUAGAAAAAAUGUCUUGCCAUCCAAGGAGUUGGCCAGGGAAAACCUAAAUAUGACUGGGUUUUGUCCAUUGCUCGGCUGUCAUUUUGACCCCUGUCAUUGCUUACCAUGAUUGCUUUCUAUCAGUGUGAAGAUAUUUCCUGAUAAAGCAAGCCUAAUAGCCAUAAAUUUCUAAAAUAAGAGUAGAGUGGAGUAUAUGCAAACUUGAAAUGUCCUGAUGAAUGAACAACUGAACAGUUAUAGGGAGAAAAACUAAGGUAAAACAGGAAUAAAGUUAUAAGGAUAUUUGAAGGAAAAGUGAGAUUUUUUUUUUUUACUUCUCUCACAGGUGUGUCAGAAAUUGCAAAGAAUAUUGAAAAGUCUUGCAAAGAAUUAGAUUCAACCUCAACUGCCUUCCAUAUAAAAGACUGUAAAUUGUUGCUUAAGAAUGUGGAUAAUGGAAGUGAUGAGUCAAUAAGCUGCGAAUCACUUUUGGAAAGGAUUGAAUUAGGACAAGAAAAAUUGCAAAGUAUACAUGGAUCAGGAAAGAGUAAAGGAAAACAGAAAAGUGCAAAGCCUGCUCCUCCUUCUGGCUCAGUGAAACUUAAGGUUUGAGGCUUUACUUUUGUUAUAUACAGGCCAGUGUAGAAACAGAUGUUGUCAUGUGGCACUGGUCUUCCAUUCACAAUCAUAUCCUCUCCUUUAUCCUAGGAUGUACUGGAUGUACGAUACUUAUCUCAACUGACAGACAAUAUCAGGGAUCAUGAAGCAUUUGUACCAGUUAUCCAAUACAAGAAAGGUGACACCCUAUGCUGUAUUCAGAUCAAUAGUGUUAUAAUUAUCAUUGAUAUGACUUGUACAAAACUAUUUUUUGCCCAGACAAAUGUCCAGAUUCAAAACUAAUUCAUUUGAUCCAAAAACUACCACUCUUGGGUUUGAGGGCUGUUUACCCCCUUCCUAGCAUGGGCUAGGGGCUGUAGAAGGCAUUAUGGCUAAGUGAGCUGCUUGUUGAGAGAAAAAAGGACAAAGAGAAGAGUGACAGUCAAAUAAUAAAAUGCUGAUUGAUGAAUUAGGGUAGGCUGCAUGUGAAAAUAUGUGGCUCUCUGUCACGAUACAUGGGCACCUUACUCUGCUUGGUCUGAACUCAAGCUGAAUGUUUCCCCUACAGCCCUUCCACUCAGUCAAUAAGCACAUUGUUAUCAAAGCUCUAUAUUUUAGAAAUUUAAUGUGGCAAAAUGAUAAUCAUAAUGUUACUGUAUAAUAAUCAAAAUCAAAACCAAGCCUGUGAGAAGUUUCCUGACUGUUAUACUUUGUUUUCAUAGAGACAAAGUCUAAAACUAAGUACAACCUGGCACUUGAUGUGGUGUUAAAUUUAUCAAGGGACACUCCAUUGAAAAGUCUGCCAAAGUUAUUUAUUUCUGCCAUGUGCAGUCAGCUUAGAAAGAUGGCCUCAGUUAUGGCACAGUUUUCCAAGGUAUGGUAUACUGAUUCUUUCUGCCAAUUGGAAUGAAGUCAGUCAUGUAUUUCUGUGUUAAAUCUAAAAAUAUUUUAUGAUUUGUGUCGCCUCUGUUCUGUGCAGGGUUCAUUGUACUAAGUCAUCAGACUUAAAAUGAACAUGUUAAAUAAAAUUGAAUAAUUUUAACAUUAAGUUUGAGUUGUGUAGAAAUAGAUUAAGAAUGGUGAGAAAUUUUUGAGCUUGCUUAUCAAACAAAGAAGAAAUUAACAAACAUGUAUCAAACGUAAGACAAAGGAAAAAUCUGAUUCCUGUCUAAACUUAGAAUUCAAACUUAAGAGCAACCAAUUGGAAGGUCUGACUUUCAAAUUCUUGUGGAGGGACAAAAUAUUUUCCUUUGUGCUUCAAUUGUGGUAGAUAUUCACCAUCUUCCUUCAACCCCGUUUGAACUCAGGAGGGACCAAAAUGGAAUUCCUCCUUAUAAUAUUAGUACAAUUUCAAGCAGAACAGUGAUGAAAAUUCAAGGAAAAUAUUAACAAGGGGAUAUUGUUUGAUUUAAAAACAAAUUCUCAUUGCUGAAAUUAUCAGAAGUGUGGGUGAGACAGUGGGGAGAAUCUAUAGUUUGGUCUAGGGAGUGAGAAGGCUAAAGUUUGAGUUCUAAUGAAAAAUGAAGCCUACAUAGAGGACACAUUCCUGUUUAAGAUAAUAGAGGGUAGGUAGCUAAAGAAAAGUAAGCUGUUCAUUACUGAGUUCACAAUAUUUCCUUACACUUCUUGUUUUAGGGAGGCUCAUUAGCUCUUGUUAAAGUGCAUCACUUCAAGCUUCUUGGGUUUUGUCAUUUGGUGACUGCUGUUUAUCCCAGCAUUAAAAGAGAUGAUGAACCAACAGAAGAGGAUGAACUUGGUCAGUUCAAUUAUUUGGUAGUUUGAGAUGAGUUUGGGUCACAGUGGUUUUAAACUAGUGUACUUUCAUUGUAUUUUCUUAGUUCCAGUUAUAGACGAGGCAAAAUACAAAGAAAACCAAUUUGAAAUUGCUAUCAACAUCGCUGAUGCAAGCAGUAUGCAGGACACAUGUCAAAUAAUUAUGAACUUGGUAAUGGACCUUGCUCACCAUGAACUCUCUGUGGCUCAGUGGUAGAGCAUUAAAGCACAGAAUCUGAAGGCCUGAGGUUUGAUUCCUCAUGGGGACUCAGAAUUUUCUUUGUCCCAAGCUUGUGACAGGACAAAAACAUCUUUCUUUAUUAAACUACUAAAAUGAUACCAAAAUGAGCAUUCAUUCAAGAAAUUCACAUGAUCACAUUGUUCAAAUCUUUUGAACUUCAAGAAAUUUUAUCCCAAAAGGUUGUUAAGAGAGUAUGCAUCUUGUUGUGACAUAGACUUUUGUUUCUUGCAGUAUCAUACAGAUUGAAACUUCACAAAAGACUUCUUCUGCCAGAAAACAGACCUCUUAUGAGACCUUCCAACAGAUACAAAUUUGAAAAUGAGAGGCAGCAAGGUUUGUGAGUUUUUAGUCAUUACUAGAAGUAGUUGAAUGAGCUGUUUUCUUGUAAGAAAACUGAUUGGACUCCCAUAGUCUGUUACCUGAAGUCUUUAUUCUGAAGUCUUUCUGGAAGAUUUCUACCCUGCAUAAUUAAUUUUAGUGGAUGUUUAUAGAUGAAUUGAAAAUUCUAUAAAAUUCCUCCAAACCAAUAAGGGAAACCUGGAAAAAAUAUUGCAUGGAGGGAGGGGGAGUCAACCUGAGGUGAACUUAUGUCAGAUCGAGGAGGAAAAGCAUUAAAUUUCUUCUGUUUUGCAUACUCUUUGUAAACCAGGUCAGGCUCUUGUAGUUUGGGGGCCUCUUUGCUGAUUAGAUUAUAUCUGCCUUGUCUAUGUUUGGGUGGGAAAAAUAUUCAACCCUUAAAAAAUCUAAAAAUACUGUGAUGGUUUAAAAGCUUUUUUUGAGGGAUUUGAGCUAAAUCAGAUCUCCUUAGUUGUUCUUACGAUCUGCAAUACAAUUUUUAUGAUGUUAGUUCAGAGAAUUUGGUAUUGGAUCAACUUAUAAUCCCCUAAUUGAUAUCUUCUUUAUUCUCUUGUCUGAUUGAUAUUGUAUUGAUAUUGUAAGGAGAAAUUUUCACUUGGUCACUCAUGGGAACACACUUCUCUUUUCUAUGUGAUCAAGGUAUCUACUUGACAAAUCCUCACACUGGAUUGGUGGGAGGUAUGCUCAAUUUGAUUGAUUAAUUUUUAUUGAAUUGUGUAUUAGACUGUUUCAUCAGAGUGCAUUGAUGGAAAAAGUGUUUAUUGUCUUUUAAUUUUCAGGGAUUUGUGGUACUGUAGCAGUUGUUGAUGGAACAUAUUCCUAUCGCCAUUACAUGCAGGAUAACUUCAAUGAUGAUGUAUGUAUCUUAAAUUAAGACUUGCAGUCAAUAACUUUUUGGGAAGGGAGGAGGGGAGGGUAUGUUGGUGGUUGGAAUUUUAGUUCUCUGAAAAAAUUUAGAGGUGCAUAGAUGUAAGAUGAAACUUCUUCAGUUGUGAGCACCUCAAAUUUUUCAACACUACUAUCAUGAGCCAAAAUUAUUUUGGAAUUGAAAACUAGAUGUAGCAGAAAUUCUUACACAACCUUUCAUCGGUAUGCAUAUUCUCCAUACUGUUUUCUGUACAUUUCUUGUGAUACUGACAAGGAGAAUUUGUUGAAUAACCAGGAGCAUCUUUAGUUAGCAACCUUUUCCUUUGUUCUCAUGACCUUGGUGUUUGUUUCACCAACAGUUAAACUGCGAGGGAAAAUGCUUGAAUUCAGGGAACAUGGCCCCUCCCAGGACACAGACUUUGGUUGCACCCGAAAAAUACCCCUGACCAAAAAUCUUUGUAUUUGUUACCUUCAUUGAAGGGACACCUGUAAUCAGGGGACACCUUUUGUAGCCCCAGUGGUGUCCCAUCAGCUGAAGUUCUUCAGGAUUAAUAGAAGUUCAUGUUAGCAAUUAGUGACUGAUACAAUAUUCUUGUUCUGCUCAGGGGUGGGGUUGUGCAUACCGAUCACUUCAGACCAUUGCUUCCUGGUUUGUUCACCAAGGGUACACAUCCAAGUCUGUCCCAAGCCAUCGGGAAAUUCAACAAGCACUUGUUGAUCUCCAAGACAAAGGCAAGGAGUUUGUGGGUUCUCGGCAAUGGAUAGGCUCCUUUGAAGUCAGCAUGUGCCUGGAACAUCUUUUGGGAGUCACAUCAAAGAUUAUGUUUGUUAGCACUGGAGCAGAGAUGCGCACCAAAGGGAGAGAUCUGUUGCAUCAUUUUCAGACUCAAGGAACUCCCAUUAUGAUUGGUAUGUUAUCUUAACCCUUUCACUCUCAGAUGUCAUUAAUAAUUCUUCUUACUGUCUGCCAUCCAUUUCCUAUGAUAUUAGUUCAGAGAAUUUGGUGCUGGAUCAACUAAUAGUCCCCUUUCUGAUAUUUGUCUUUAUUCUCAUCACUUUUCUGCUUGAUAUACUAUUGUUAUUGUAAGGAGAAAUUCUGUCUUGGUCACUUAUGGGAGUUGAAGGGCUAAUGGGGCAAGCAAGACACUUAUUUGAGUAUUUUCUCAUUGACUGUUUUUCAUUUUACAUUUUGCUUUGUCAAACAGGAGGUGGUGUUUUAGCACAUACCAUUCUGGGGGUUGAUUUUAAUGAUCAAACAGGGGACAUAAGGUUAGUGUGCUAUUAAUUACUUCAAAGAAAGUUUGGUGUAUUGCUUAACACCACCCAAAAGUUUGAUUUUUUAUUUUCUGAUGAAGAAAUUUAGGGUUAAGGGAAAAAAGCUUUGAGUGACUUGAUGCAAAAUCAAAUUCUCUGUGUGUUUCACAAGGAGACACAGGAGAAUCUAUCAGUCUAUCAGGAACAAUCUAGGAGCCUUUUGUUAUGGUCUCCUCCAAUUUGUAAAUCAUAGCAUGUUUCUCUCAAACAUUCCUGCUAGAGAAACAAUAAAAAAUCUUUGUGUCUUCAUAGUCAUCUAAUCUCAAUAUGCAGUGAUUAUGGUAAUAAUGAAUUUUGUUAACUGGCUUUAUAUUUUUCUCCCAAGUAUUAUUAUUAAUAAGGCAUGAAUUCUCUCUCUACCAUGAAGGAUGCAAAACCUUCAAUGGCAAAUUAAUUUUAGAAAUAAUGCAAGACUGAAGGGGAUGAUGAGCAUUCUGCAUAUUCUGUCCUGUGAAAAAGGAAAUUCUCAUCAUUUUUUAUUAUCCUGUGCAGGUUCUUAAUUCUUGAUCCGCAUUACACUGGUGGGGAAGAUCUCAAAGUCGUAUUAGACAAGGUGAGGUUGUGAAGGAAUUUAUUUGUCAUACAGGUGACCUUGGACAAGGAUUAUUUGAGAUUUGGGAGGGGUGGGUCUAUGAUCAGCCUGUUGAUACCUGGUAUGAUUUUGUUGUUCAUAUCAUUUUUUGCAGGGGUGGUGUGGAUGGAAAGGACCUGACUUCUGGAAUCAACAGGUCCAUUAUAACAUGUGUAUGCCUCAGAGACCAGAUAUGAUUUGAUUACAAAAACAGUAGAAAAGAUGUAUCUUUGAAUAAUUUAUUACGAGGAAUUUAUGCUAUUUUUCCAUCAGUGGAUUUCAUGAUAGGAAAAAUGAUAAAACAUCAAAAUAAUGUAUUAUUAGAAAACCUAGAGUAGCCUUAUUCUUGAAGUUACACCCCGAUUCACUCCGGAAAAAAAACCCGUGAAGAUGCAUGUUGCUAAAGUGUUCUUUGUUGCGGCAAACAAAUUUCAAAACUUCUACACUUUAAAAUCUGUUUUCAAGAAAAAUUAACUCCACAAAAAUGCUUUUGGCAAACAGGCGAAAGACUCUUGGCUAACUUUCCUGAAAUGCAAUACUCGAUCGAAAUCGCGGUAACUUGGAAUCGUGAAGCGUAAAAAGGACAACAAAAACCUUUGAAAAUCGACUUUGUUGCUCGUUUCUUGUGUGACACACUUUUCUUGAUUGCAUAGUUUUUACGCUCUACGUGACUUGAUGACUUUUGGUGAACGAGUUUGAAUUCUUCCAAGCGCGAACAUUUUGACAAAUGUCAAGUAUUUCUGGACUGUUUCCUAAUCCUCUGACGAUUUCUUGAACUCGUCAAGUUCUCAACUCUCGCUGAAGUGGCUUCCAUCAAGUUGAUCCGGUUCACACAUGCUGGUUUGACUCUUGAUUUAAGGCGGAUAAGUGUCAUGAUUUGGUUUCUCGCCAGCCAGCUGUGAUCAUGAGGGUCAUUAAAAAUGGAUUUCUGAAAAAGGAAAUUUAUGAACAAUGGUAUUUAGAAUGUACAGCAUUAAUUCACGCCAAACAUUUACGAGCGAGAGGCGCCAAUCACGACACACGCGUUACUGCAUGAGUUUAUGCAAAUAGAAACUAUUUUAGAAACCUAUUUUAAAAUGUUAAACCUUCAAAUUGCUUAUUUUAUUUGCCCCUGUCGUCAGUUACCUUGCAAA